AUGAUAAAAAAAAUAUUAUGCAAUUCAUAAUUGUAUUAAUUUUGUGUACAACCAAAAAUAAACAACCCAAAAUCAAAUAAGGGACGCAAUAUAUUAUUAUUCUUAUUCAGUUUGGGAUUUAUAAAUCAAUACACUAAAUAUAGAGACUAUAUGUCUAACAUAUUUUUAAAUUAAUAAGAAAUAGCUGAUUUUCGCAAAAAUAAACAAUUAGAAGUAGACAAAAAAUUAUUAAAAUAUCAUGAGAUCAAUAUGAAAAGAAAUUAAGAUACAGAAACUAUAGUAAUUAUUGGAGGAGGUAUCAUAGGAUUAAGUUAAGCAUUAAAAUUAUUAUAAAAAGGUUAUUCUGUUAUAAUGAUUGAAAAGGAAUAAUUUAUUUCAACUAAAUGUAGUGCUUUUAAUGGAAAUAUUUACAAUCCUUACUUAUUUAAUCCAUUAAUAUCUAAAUAUUCAAUAAAAACUAUGUUUGAUAAUUAUAUCAACCCUACUGAUACAUCGACUUAAAGAUUCAGUUUUAAAUGUCUUUUAGAAACAGGAGCUAUAAUAUGGUUGAUUAAUGCAUUAAGGUUGAGUACAUCAGAUUAAAAAUUUGAUAAAUCAAUUUAAGAUAUGACUAAGUUAGGGUAGAUUUAAGAAUAGGAAUUUGAGAAAAUCAAAAAGUUGGGUAUUCUUGAAAAUCAAUUAACUGCUUAAGGAGAAUUGAGUUUUUAUAAAUCUGUAGAAUAUGGAAAACGAAUAAGUUAAUCAUUUAAAUCAGCAGGUAUUGAAUUUUAAGAAGUUGAUAAUACUAACUUUAAUUAACAUGAAAUAGAUAGGAAACUAUUUGAAAACUAUCCUUAUGUUAUUAAAUUAGAUAAAGAAAAUAAUUUAGAUACUAAAUUAUUAUCAAUAAACACCUUGAAAUAUUGUUAAAAGCAUUAUCCUAAUAAAUUUAAUAUACUUUAUGGAACAGAAUUUCAAGAAUUCAUUAUGAGUUAUAAUAGAUAUGUUUUAGGAAUAAAUACUAAUAAAGGGUAUAUGAAAUUAAAUUAUUAUUAGUGUAAUAUUUGGAGAUAAAUUUAUAAUUUGUGCUGGAUUGCAUAGUAAAUACAUAGCUAAAAAAUUGGGAGUAACAUUACCAAUAAUGCCUUGUAGAGGAUGGGUUAUUGAAUCUGAAUUACCUUAAUUUGCAAAGGAAUCUGUUUUAGAUAAAAUGGUGCUUAAAUUACCUACAUUAUCUAUUACAAAUCUUAAUAAUAAGUUGAGAAUAUCAGGUUGUUAAUUAAUAGAUUAAGAAUAUAAAUCUGAUGAUCCUAUUAAUGAAUGGGGAGCUUAGAUUUUAAUAAAAUAGAUGAAAGAGUAGUUUAAUAUUGAUUUAGAUCCAUAAAGUAUUUCAGUUAGAGAUUGUUGCAGACCCUUAACACCAGAUGAUAAAAUUAUAUUGAGUAAAUUGUAGUUAAAUAGAAAUGUUUAUAUUAAUGCUGGACAUGGGUCUAGAGGAAUGAGUCAAUGUCAUGGUUGUGCAGAAAUAAUAUAUUAAUUAAUUUAGGGUUAAAAUAAGGAGGAGUAUUCAGCCUUUGAUUUAACAAGGUAUUUAUUUGUUUGA